UCCCGUCAUAACUCUGAUGAUGAAGAUGAUGAAGAUGAUGAUGAGUUGGCCGUUGGCAAUGGUGAAGUGAAUGGAUCCGAAUGGAUCAGACAAGGGUUUCUUAAAGUGGACACUUUUGAGGGCCAUGGUUCAGACGCUAGAAGUAAUAGGCUUAUUGCAUGGGCACCUGGAACCGAAGCAUAUUCAAACCCUAUAGUUGAUGGUACUGAUAAUUUCAAAUUGGCAAUUUUAUUUGAUAAGAACCGUGAAUUCAUUGCCACCGGGAUGAUGUCAAUACCACCAGGUGGGAUGAAGAGUUUGAAGAGUACAGAUACAACCUAUUUCGUCUUUUACUGUGUUAGCGGUAUAUUAGAAGUAACACUCAGUGGUUCUAUAUUCCUCAUAAAGAAAGGUUGCUCGCUUGAAGUUCCCAUGGGUAAUUUUUACCAGUUUGAGAAUAAGGGAAAGAAAGAUGCAACAUUGUUCUUUGUUCAAACCAGAGGUCAAGAAGCAGAAUGGGACGAAUGA